AAAAUGACAUAUAAGUGACAGUGACAUUUACGUUCAAAAUUAAAUAACAAAUCGGGACAAAUCCAAACAUCUAAAUUUUCCAUAUAGGAAUGGAAAAACGAAGUGAUGGAAAGAUCUAAUAGAAAUGGAUUUCAUCGAAAUGAUAAAGACGCCGAAAUUAGACGGAGUAAUCUUACAUAGCCCCUUUCAAGAUCCCGUGGAUGGGAGGAUAUGCAUAACAGGACAUCAUUUGAUAGUUUCUUCUAUGAAAGAGGACGUACAAGAACUAUGGUUGUUACAUCAAUGUAUCGAUGCUGUAGAGAAGAAAGUAUCUAGCAACAACAAUGCUCAAAGCGGGGGUUCAAUACUUCUCAAAUGUAAAGAUUUUAGGAUUCUACAGUUGGAUAUAGCUCACCCAGAACAUUUCCAAAACGUAUACUUGUCUAUUCACCGUUUGUCUAACUUAGAGAAACCGGAAUUACUGUAUCCUUUCUUCUACAGGCCUAUGUAUACCAUUUUAGAAGAUGGCUAUACACUCUUUGAUUUAGAAGUAGAAUUCACUAAGCUCAUUGCCAGUGAUGAAUGGAGGGUCUCAAAUGUGAAUAAGAAUUUUAGUGUUUGCAGUACUUAUGGAAGCACAUUGGUAGUUCCUAAGGCAAUAGAUGAUGAAACCAUUGUGGCUUCUGCCCAUUUUAGAGAUGGGGGGCGUUUCCCAUGUCUGAGUUACAGACAUGAAAAUGGCACAGUACUUCUCCGCAGCAGUCAACCGAUGCUGAACAACGCCAACAGAAGGUGUAAGGCAGACGAGAAGAUAUUGAACUCAGUUUUGGGACCAUACAAGAAAGGUUAUAUUAUAGAUAUGAGAAGUGCAACCUAUAUCAAUUAUUGCAAGAGUAAAGGUGGGGGUACUGAACCAGGCGGUUAUUACAAUCAAUGGAAGAAAGUUUUCAAACCUUUGGAUAAAAUAUCUAAAUGUGACGGAUCUGUUUUGGAUCAUUUAGCUAAGUUUAUUGAAGCUUGCAAUGAUCCAUCUUCAACAUCAGAUAAAUGGAUAUCUCGAAGCAGUAACUGGAUGGGACACAUUCAAAACACAUUAAAUGCUGCUUGUUUGGUGGCCCAAUGCUUAGAUAAAGAUGGAGCUUCAGUACUUGUCCAUGGUUCUAAUGGACAAGACAGUACCUUAAUUGUUAGUUCCAUAGCUCAGGUGAUUCUGAAUCCAGAUUGCAGGACAGUUAGAGGUCUUCAAGCCCUAAUAGAGCGCGAGUGGAUACAGGCAGGUCAUCCUUUUCAAACGAGACACCAGAAGUUUUGUUUUACAAGCUCUAGGUCGAAAGGUAUCCAGCCGACAUUUUUGAUAUUUUUAGACUGUAUCCAUCAAUUGCAUUAUCAAUUUCCAAGUAGUUUCGAAUUCAAGACUGAUAUGUUAUUCUUGCUUUUUGAGCAUUCCUAUUUUAGUCAAUUUGGUACUUUUUUGGGAAACUCCGAGUUGGAAAGAAGCACUAUAGAAUUAUCAAAGAACACAACAAGUCUUUGGUCAUAUCUAAACCGACCUGAUGUCCUAACAUCACUUUUAAACCCCACUUACGAGCCUAAUAAGGCACCUAUUUGGCCUAGCGUAGCCCCAGUGAGUAUUAUUGUAUGGGCGGAUUUAUAUUUCAGGUGGAUAAUCGACCAACAACAUCAAAAGAUCACCUCAACGAAAGUACAAAACAUAAUUCAGCGGAGCAAAGAUCUUAGAAGCACUGCUAUCAAGUUACGGAAGCAACUGUUGGAUAAAGUUAAAGAGUUCAAAUGCAUGCAAGAGGAAUUGAAGGAAGAAGAAGACGACGAUGACUGACACAUAUUUAGCUCUCUCCUAUUAGAAAAACACCAAUUUAUAUCCGAAUAUUUUUCAUAUCACUUAAAUAAGUCAAUUCUUUUAUAUCGUAUGGGUAACAAGAGAUGGAUGCUUCAAUUACAUCAUUGUUUCUUAUUUUUUACACUAUUUAUUUUUAUUGUUCAAAAUAGCGUACAUAAAUGCCCUUUUCAAAGAAAAACUAUACAUUUUGGAGAUUAUUUUAUAAGCAUUUAACGCGUACCUACGUAUUCUUACUACGAAUAUCGUUUUCGGGUUUACAGACUGGUAUAGAAGUAUCUUUUCCGGAUCCACGUCUACAGCUAAGUAAGGAGUUGUCGAUCAACUGAACGCUCCUUGCCAUAAUUUGAAAUUUGCUAGUGCGCAACGUCUCUUCCUAUUUCCGUUCACCUGUACCUAAUUAUAAGCCGUAUUGUGCAGCAUGCCCCGAACGUAUCCUGAAAUUACCCAGAGGGAGAACGCCUGCGCAUUACAAAAUUAGGCGUUCGAUAAGGUCGAAUUUUUCCCUUUGAACAGCUAAUGCGCAGGCGUUCUCCCUCUGGGUAAGUUCAGGAUGUGCUCCACGAAUAGACCUAUAGUUAAGAGUAUUAUUUAAGUGGUGUACUUAUUUCUUUAUUCUUUAACCCAUUCGCUGCUUAUCGAAGAGGAUGGAACUCGGCUAGGAGCCAUUCUGUUGAACGGCACCUGACUCAAGCGACCAUAUCACUCGCUGGCGAGUGAACGGCACCUGACUCAAGUAACCAUAUCACGGAAGAGAUUAACAACCACUUGAUUUGAUUUUGGCAUUUCCUACUAUAUUUUCAUUAUCAGCAUGUCGUAGAUGAUUCUGUGAUAUUGUUAAUGUAUUUUCACACCUGCAUCUUUCUGGGUGCAUAAAUUAAAUCAAACGCCAAUAUUAUUAUGAUUCAAGUUCUGGCAAUCAAGUAGUGAUGUGUACACUUGCACUUCACCCAUACGCCACUGAAUAAAUGCCGAGCUUCCAAUAGUUUCGCCGGUCGGGAGUCUCGUAACUCGAUGCUAAAAUACAGCAUUUCACGCAUCUUACCAUAAUUAAAGUUUUUUGUACAUUACUGUAAUUAUUAAUCCUUAAAUCUUUUAAAACCUAUCAAAAGUAUUAAUUGAUGAGCAGAUAACAAAAUUCUUUUUUGGAGUUUGAAUACAUUUCGUCUAACAGAUUUGUAAUUAGCUUCCACCUUGAUACACAUAUAGAGUUUUACAUGACAAAUAUUAAGACAGAGUUUUUUGAGUAUUGCUGGUCAUGAUUUCAGACGUUGUAUUGAUCGUCAAUUGUAUUAGUGUUCUUUAAGAUUUGUUAUUCGUCAAUUGUUUCGGGUGACUCAAACAUUUUGCAUUUCAAUUUUAAUAUGUAUUUGGAUUUAAAUAUCGAAAUGUCCGUGAAAAGACUGAUCCUGUAAAUUUAACAGAUGUUUUCUUGUUACAAAUCUUAAAAAAGGUAAAUAUAAGGUUUACUUGUUUUCUGCCUAUAUACCGGUUCACAUAAUUUGAUUUAUAUUAGUAAGUAAGAAGAACGUAUUUUUUCCUUAUACUAUUUCGAAGAAUUAUCUGCACUAAUUACGGCGGGCAGAUCAGCUAGGAGCAAAAUUAAAGGAUAUUUUUUUUUUAUUUUUAUGUUGAUCCAAAUAGUUUUCAAUAAUUCAAUAAACUAAACAAAUUGAAAAGUCUCAGAUGCAGAAUUCACCGCUAUAAUAAAAUUAAAACCGUAAAUAGUUAUUUAAAUCUAAAACUUUUCGUGUUGAAAGUUCUUUCUGGUACAUCCUUAAUCUGCGACUUUUACAAUUUAUAAGACCACAGACGACGAAUAUAGAAAACAAAAAGGACUCCACCAUAUGCAAUCACAUUCCGUUUUCAUUCGUCUAGGAAAAGGACAAAAGAAACUUCCUAGUACUCAAAUCUGAGUAAAGAUAGAAAAGUAAAAGAUGGUUUUGCUUGUUUUCGAUUCAGAGGGAUGCACAAUCGCUGGACAGCUGUUUCCACCAUUUCAGGCUUCAUCAACAGCGCCAGCGUGCACUCCUCUAAAUCGAAAAACAGCUCGGCCAUCUAUUUGAGAAGAAUUUCAUUGAAAUCAUUCAAAUUCCCAUUGGGACGCGAUCCAGCGACAUCUCUUAAACAAAUUGAAAACUCUGAUUAGACCAGGUACAUUUGGACGUUGAGAGGUGACUCAAAGUUUUUUUGCAGAAAAUGCUUGAAAAUAACUCAAAUAAUAAUAUUUGAUUUAUCCUCCCUCUCAAAAAGGUCCGGAACAUUGUUUAAAUAAUCAAAAUGUCAAAAAAUGAAGGAAAAAUUCGAUUUUUUUCUUCGUUUUUUGAUUAUAACUUUAAAAGUAUUCAUUUUCGAAAAAAGUUGUAUUGACAUAAAAGUUGCGUAAUUAAAUUUGCUACAAUAUAGAAUUGGUUAAAUAUUUAAAAAAUAGUCGCCCUUGUUGCAAAAUAGCAAUAAUUGCGAAAAAACCAUACAAAAACAAGUAUUCGCAUUUUACGUUUUUCAACCAUUUAUGCUACACUUAGCACCUUCAUAUUUCACCCAGAAAAACUUUAUGAUACUGUAAAUCAAUACUGUAAAUUUCAUUAAUAUCGGUUCAAUAGAUUUUGCAAAAUAAAUUUUGCAAUCCAGCUUUCGCAAAAAAAAUCAUUUUUUCAAAAUGUUACAGGACUGAAACUAAAGCAGAUAGCAAGUCGAAUUUUUUUUGCAUAUAGAAGUGUACUGUACCUUUCAUUUGCAAUUUGCAAAAUUAAAAUCGAUUAACUACCACGGCGUCAGGAAUUUUUUUAAAUAAACAUUAAUUAUUGGUGCUGCGCGCAGGACAGCGGAUAGUUUGCUCUGAUUGGGCAUUCCAAUGACCUUUGAUAAUGAUUGAUACAUUUUAAUUUUUAUUACAUUUCGAUAUAAAUAAACAAAUUUGUUUAUUGCAAAAUAAAAACUCAUACUCUGUCCUUUGAAAUAACACUUUUUUUAGCAAAAACUUUCUUUGUUCAUAUAUUUUAACUUAGAGAAUAAAAGUUUAUUAUUUUUAAAUAUAUGCAAUUGUUUAAACAAUAUUUCACAAACAAUAAUAAAAUUAGUUUGAUUUCUGUGGAAUUAAAAUAUUAAAAUACAACAAAAUAUACAGUAAGAAAAUAAUAUAUUAGAUAAGGAUUGGAAGAAAUUUUGGUGGAAAUCAACUUGUGUGAAUCGAACACCGCUGUCCUGCACGUAGCACCAAAAAUUAAUGUUUAUUUAAAAAAUUUCCUGACGCCGUGGUAAUUAAUCGAUUUUGAUUUUGCAAAUUGAAAAUGAAAGGUACAGUACACUUCUAUAUGCAAAAAAAAUUCAACUUGCUAUCUGCUUUAUUUUCAGUCCUGUAACAUUUUGAAAAAAUGAAUUUUUUUUGCGAAAGCUGGAUUGCAAAAUUUAUUUUGCAAAAUCUAUUGAACCGAUCUUAAUGAAAUUUACAGUAUUGUUUUACUGUAUCAUAAAGUUUUUCUGGGUGAAAUAUUAAGGUCCUAAGUGUAGCAUAAAUGUUUGAAAAACCUAAAAUGCGAAUACUUGCUUUUGUAUGGUUUUUUUCGCAAUUAUUGCUAUUUUGCAACAGGGGUGACUAUUUUUUAAAUUUUUAACCAAUUCUAUAGGUAUUGUAGGAAAUUUAAUUACGCAACUUUUAUGUCAGUACAUCUUUUCUCGGAAAUUAAUACUUUUAAAGAUAUAAUCAAAAAACGAAGAAAAAAAUCGAAGUUUUCCUUCAUUUUUGACAUUUUGAUUAUUUAAACAAUGUUCCGGACCUUUUUGAGAGGGAGGAUAACUCAAAUAUUAUUAUUUAAGUUAUUUUCAAGCAAUUUCUGCAAAAAAAAUUGAGUCACCUCUCAACGUCCAUCUGAAAACAGAUGGGCCCUGGACUAGAUGCAGAAUUCACCACUAUAAUAAAAUUAAAAUGGUAAAUAGUUAUUUAAACCUGAAACUUUUCGUGUUGAAAGUUCUUUCUGGUACAUCCUUAAUCUGCGACUUUUACAAUUUAUAAGACCGCAGACGACGAAUAUAGAAAACAAAAAGGACUCCACUAUAUGCAAUCACAUUCCGUUUUCAUUCGUCUAGGAAAAGGACAGAAAGAAACUUCCUAGUACUCAAAUCUGAGUUAAGAUAGAAAAGUAAAAGAUGGUUUUACUUGUUUUCGAUUCAGAGGGAUGCACAAUCGCUAGACAGCUGUUUCCACCAUUUCAGGCUUCCUCAACAGCGCUAGCGUGCACACUUCUAAAUCGAAAAACAGCUCGACCAUCUAUUUAAGGGGAAUUUCAAAGAUCAUUUAAAUUCUCAUUGGGACGCGAUUCAGCGACAUCUCUUAAACAAUUUUAUUUUAUUAUAGUGGCGAAUUCUGCAUCUGAGACUUUUCAAUUUGUUUAAGAGAUGUCGCUGGAUCGCGUCACAAUGGGAAUUUCAGUGAUCUUUGAAAUUCCCCUUAGAGGGUCGAGGUGUUUUUCGAUUUAGAGGUAUGAGGAAGCCUAAAAUGGUGGAAACAGCUGUCCAGAGAUUGUGCACCCCUCUGAAUCGAAAACAAGCAAAACCAUCUUUUCCUUUUCUAUCUUUACUCAGAUUUGAGUACUAGGAAGUUUCUUUCUGUCCUUUUCCUAGACGAAUGAAAACGGAAUGUGAUUGCAUAUAGUGGAGUCCUUUUUGUAUUCUAUAUUCGUCGUCUACGGUCUUAUAAAUUGUAAAAGUCGCAGAUUAAGGAUGUACCAGAAAGAACUUUCAACACGAAAAGUUUUAGAUUUAAAUAACUAUUUACCAUUUUAAUUUUAUUAUAGUGGUGAAUUCUGCAUCUGAGACUUUUCAAUUUGUUGAGAUGUCGCUGGAUCGCGUCCCAAUGGGAAUUUCAAUGAUCUUUGAAAUUCCCCUUAAAUAUAUGGUCGAACUGUUUUUCGAUUUAGAGGUGUGCACGCUAGCGCUGUUGAGGAAGCCUGAAAUGGUGGAAACAGCUGUCCAGCGAUUGUGCAUCCCUCUGAAUCGAAAAGAAGCAAAACCAUCUUUUACUUCAAUAAACUAAAUAAUUUAAUAAAUAUAACUAAUUAUUACACAAUGGAGAGAGAGAAUUUUACUAUCUAAAUGCUGACGAAAUUGUAGUGAUGCAACAUUUGUUUUUUUUAACUUUCAUGAUGCACGGUUUGAGUACUUAAAAAUGGCUGUGCUAAAAGUAUCUUCCUUAAGAAAUACACCGUUGGUAUUUGAAGAAGUUUACAUACAUUCUUUAACACGGGUUUCGUAAAUCAACAAAAUAGAAAUCUGGAUUUAUAAGCCGUAGUAAAUAUUAUAGAUUAUAGAGUAUUCAAUGUUUGCUGCGUUGCCAGAUAUACCUAUUUACUCUAUGUUUAUAUCUUGGACUUCUAACCCUGUAUAUUUUGAAUUAUUAGAAACAAAAUGAAAUUUAUGGUCAAUUAUAUUAAAGUGUGAAUCAAGUAAAUCUUAUAAUUCAUUUUUUAAUAAUUACAAUAAUAAUAAUACAUUUACUGUUUUGAGUCACUGAUUUAAAAUUUAUUGAAUUAUUCAGAGACCAUUGGCAUUGUCAAUUUGGUAAAAAACUAUGUAUAAGUCUGAAAAGAAAAUAACCAUUUUUGUUAUUGGGCUAUUUAAGAGUUUUUGUUAUUGUGCAGUGUGCACUACUAAUAUUAUGUUAUACGCAUCCUGUAAACAGAAAACUUACUAGUAUCAUAUAAACUUUAUUAUAUUUUUCCCUUAUCGUUUUCUCUAUUUCGAAGGUUUUUUAUGUGGAAGACGCCAAUUAUGGUGAAGAUUAAUUGCGCAGGUUUUAAAAGAACCGUUUUUGGUGGCAUAGGUUCAGUAAAUAAUGGAAAUGAGACAGUUACGGUGCAAGUUUUUAUGAAUAAUGCUAACUGACACUUAACACUGACUGAUUCGGACCAUAGUCUUCAGAUACUGUUAAAUAGGGUUACUGAGAGUUGUGGAAAAAUGGGGAUGAAGAUCAAUACUGCGAAAACCAAAGUUAUGAAAAUAUCAAGAAACAAAAAUUUACCCCUUCCAAUAUAUGUGAACCAUCAACAGCUUGAAUACGUAAGCCAAUACAAAUAUCUUGAUUGCUGGUUCAGCAAUCAACUUGAUUAUAAACAAUAAGUAAAAGGGAGAAUAUAGGUAGCUCGACAAGGGUUUAUCAAAAUGAAAAGUUUAUUUUGUAAGAGUAGCAUUAAUAUCAGCCUUAGAUGUCGUUUUCUGCAUUGCUAUGUGUGGUCAAUACGGAGGCCUGGACACUCAACAUAACACUGAUAAACAAGUUAGAAGCCUUUGAACUCUGGCUUUAUAGAAGAAUCUUGAAAAUACCUUGGACAACCCACACCACUAACGAAAAUGUUCUGAGAAGAAUAGGUACAGAUAGGGAACUGCUAAAAAUCAUUAAAGUCAGAAAAGUUUGCUACCUGGGACACAUAAUGUGAAAUCGAAAAGUACCGCCUCGCGCAACUGAUCAUCCAGGGUAAGAUUGAAGGAAAACGGGGUUCCGGUAGGCGCCAGAUUUCAUGGCUUAGAAAUAUCAGAGAUUGGACCGGCCUUGAUUCAACAUCUUUGUUUAGAGUCACAUUGGACAUAAACAGAAUUACCGGUGUAGUCACUAACCUCCACUAAAGGAGAAAGCACCACAAGAAGAAGAAGACACUUAACAGUAGCUAACACCUCGCGGAUACCCACAACUUUAUAUAUAACAAUACAUAUGGCAUUUCGCGCACCUCACGGGACCUUACUGUAAUUGGCGAUUUCUGAAACUACCACUAAAUCUGAAUCUAAAAAUAAAUCUGAAUAUAUUUUUUUUUAUAUUAUUUUAGGAGUGUGCUUGGUUUUACGACACUCGAGAUCAGAAUUGUUAUUUGUAUACAUUACAAUUAUGUAGCACGUAGCACGUUUUAUCUUAUUGUAUUUUACAACCUUUUACAAGGGGCUGUGGUUAAAAAUCAAACUUUGAACCGUUUAAUUAUGUUUAUGGUACCAUUUACACACCUUAAGCCCGGUUCACACGUAGCCAGUGAUUGGGUAAAGUUAUUUAGUUUGAGUGUGUCUACUCUUCAUACAAAUCGAGUAAAAUAAUAGUUCAGACUUGACUAAUGUUUAGUUAGUACUACCUUUUAAAACAAAAAUUGAAGAAAAAGGAUUGAGGUAAAAAUGAGCUAAAAAGAGAAAUAGCUAAUGAAGUCCUCUCAAUUUUUUAACUUUUCAUUAUCGAACGGUAUUUGAGAAGAAUUGGAAAAACUAAUCGCGUUUGGACAAAGAAAUGAAUUAGUAAAAGUUGUAUUUUAACCAAUUGCGGAAGAAAUCAAACUUGAUUAUCCACAAGAACUAUUCAGAUUGUAAUCCCGCUAAAAACUACAAAUAGCUUACAAGGCCGCCAAGUCGACAAGAAUGGUAUCCUAUAUCCUUGACUCGACCGGACAGCUCAACUUAAAUUAAUGUGUUUUUACAGUCGAAGUAAUAAAUGGAUGUGUGUGAACCGCGCUUUAUUAUAGUCUCAAAAUUCGCUAAAGUAUUCUUAACGCCAGAUAUUUUUAAAUAUUUUGCAUAAGUGAAAUUAUAUUAUCGUCGUUUUCGGUGCAAAACCUCGUAUCUACGUGAAAAAUUAUUAAGAUACCUAAAAAACAACUACUUUUACAAAGCACGUGGUUUGUUUGUUAAAAGUACGUAGUAGUCUAAAAAAUUUGUUGGCCUGAUAGUGAGAAAGACAAUUUAUACUUUCUACUUUUAUACAUAUUCCUGUAAAAAUAGUACGCCACUGACAAAAUGGAAACUUGUCAACGUGUCUAUUCUAGUCAACACUUUGGAAAGAAAAUGCUCCUUCCUUGGAAAUUAUAUUUAUAUUUCGUAAGCUGUAACGUAAUUUUUGAUAUUCCCUCUGUACCUGCUUUUGGUGUCCGUAUUUUUAUUACAUUUUCGACCAUAACAUAAACAAUAAUUCUUAUUAAUGCAGGAGUAUGUACGAAAACCAAGAAAGAAAAAAUCGUCUUAAAUAAAAAUCUACAUAAAUAUGAGUAUUGGUACUGACGACGACGCCGACGUUUUGUUUAAUAUUUAAUAAGUGUAUUAAAGAAAUAAAUUAAGUAUUCAAGAAAUUAUUUUAUGUUAUAUUUAAAAAAUAUAUAAUUUAUUUUUAAUGAUCAGUUCUAUUGAAUUUAUUACUUCUGAAAAUAAAAUUUUAGAUGAA